AUGAGCGACGAUAUUUUUUUCGCUCAUGAGACCAUCAACAGAGUGUCAUUUCUUCGUGAAGAUGCGGAAUUCAUUAUCCAAGCCAUCAAUUUCGAAAACACCAACAUUUUGUUCUUGAAAGAUAAUUACCCACUAGUCGAGCCUUUGGAAGAAAAGGCACCAUCUCCAGUACCUCAACUCUUGAAGUUCAAAGCCGGCGCUGAUAAGACAAUCCAUGAAUACUUGAUCAAAUGGAGUUUGUUGAACAAAGACCAAUCGUAUGACUUACGAUUUUUCCCAAACAUCGUAUUUUUAGGAUUGAUGGAGCCAGAAAAUGACAGUGAUAAAGCAAUGGAAUACAAAGAUGGGAAAUAUUCUGGGAUCCCGUGUUUUAUGAUCGAUGUAUCUGAGCUGACUACGAAAUUCGCUCCUACAUUUGUUGAGAAAAAUGGCGACGAUUACAAAUUAGACCUUUUCAAAGUUUUGCAACAAACUUCGUACAAAUUCGAUAUUCUUAAUAAUAGAAGCCAGAUCUUGCAAAUGAAGAAUCACGAAUCAUCGUUGUUGGCGUAUGGUAAAAUGUUUCUUGACUGGUUAGGUAAGCAGAAUUUCUGCCCGCAAUGUGCUUCACCAAUCAUCAAGAUCCAAGCAGGCACUAAAUUGAAAUGUACUUCGAAAUUGAUCAGUUCUACUACCGAUGAGAAAACCGGGAAAGUGAAAAACAUUUAUGAAUGUGGGUCGAAAAAUCUUUCUGUUUCGAAUAUUCAAUUUCCAAGAACCGAUCCGGUGUGCAUCAUCGCGGUGGUCAAUUUACAACAUAACAAGAUCUUGCUUGGUAAUGGGUUAAGAUUCCCUAACCCUAAAUUCUACACUUGCAUUGCCGGGUUCAUGGAACCAGGAGAAUCGAUCGAAACUUGUUGCUCAAGGGAAAUAUGGGAAGAGACCGGAGUCCACUGCUCCAAGGUGAUGGUCUUACACUCCCAACCUUGGCCAUUCCCGGCUAACUUGAUGAUUGGAUGUAUAGGGGUGGUGGAAUUCAAUGGGAAGAAUGAAUUAGUGGAUUUGGGUAAUGAUCCAGAGUUGAGGGACGCUAAAUGGUUUGAUUUUGAGGAAGUUAAGGAGGCUUUGGCCAAACAAGAAUCGGGUGGGGUGGAUAACAAUUAUCCGUUGGUGUUGCCUCCAAAGAAUGCGAUUUCCCACGUUUUGAUAGACACGGUGGUCAAUAAGAGGUUCACCAAGUUGUGA